UGACGCUAACGGUUUGCGAUGCUCCAGAUCGUCGAUUGUGUUGACUCCCCGUGUUCACCAAAAAAUCCGACGAACAAAAGUGAAAACCAACUCCACCCAUCAUCGCUCACCUCCACCAACUCGACGUAAAGCUCUCCACCGACUGCAUCAGAAUGGUACUAAACAAACGUGACCUGGAGAAGGCCUUCUCCCCAGGAAAGGCCCGACGAUUCGGCAAACGUCGUUCGGGAGCCCAAUUCAAGCCCAGCACAAGUGGCAGUACAACGAGAUCAGUAACAAGUGACAACGAGGGUGGAACCAGCAUCAAAGUAAUCGUGAGAGUUCGUCCCCCCAAUGAGCGAGAGUCCCAGGACAACCACAGGACCGUGAUCAAAGUCGUUGACGAAAAGAUGCUGAUAUUCGAUCCAAAAGUCGAGGAGAACCCCUUCUUCUACAGGGGCGUGGCCCAAAAGGGUCGAGAUCUCCUGAAAAAACAGAACAAAGAGCUCCAGUUCAUCUUCGACCACGUCUUCGACAUGACCUGUUCGAACGAGCAAGUAUUCGAUGGCACAACGAGAGAGAUAAUCUCCGAUUUACUAGAGGGCUACAACUGCUCGGUCUUCGCUUACGGAGCCACUGGAGCUGGAAAGACCCACACAAUGCUGGGAAAGGAGGGCGACCCUGGCAUAACUUACAGAACAAUGGCAGAGCUAUUCAGGCAGAUAGAGGGACAAAGAGAGAACCGAAAUUUCACUCUUGGCGUGACAUACUUGGAGAUUUACAAUGAAAACGUUCAGGAUCUCCUCCACAAGUCUGGGCCCCUGGCGCUUCGAGAAGACGGUCGUGCUGGGGUGAUCGUGGCCAAUCUGAAGAUCAUUCCCAUCGCCAGUGCUGACGAACUCCUCCAGCUUCUGGCGCGUGGAAACAAGAACCGAACUCAGCACCCAACUGACGCUAAUCAGGAGAGCAGUCGAAGUCACGCUGUGUUCCAGGUGUACGUCAACAUGGCGAGCAAGUUGGAUGGACAGGUGAAGCAGGUGAAGCUCUCGAUGAUAGAUCUAGCUGGAUCGGAGAGGGCCUCUGCCACUGGCUGCAAGGGGGCCAGAUUCAAAGAGGGAGCCAAUAUCAAUAAAUCACUGUUGGCUCUUGGUAAUUGCAUAAACAAUCUUGCUGAUGGUGUCAAGCACAUUCCUUACAGAGACUCCAAGCUCACUCGUCUGUUGAAGGACUCGUUGGGGGGAAAUUGUCGUACUGUCAUGAUUGCUAAUAUUGGCCCCUCCAGUAUGAGCUAUGAGGACACUUACAAUACUUUGAGGUACGCCAAUCGAGCCAAGAAGAUCAAGACACAUAUCAAGAAGAACAUAAUCUCUUGUGAGAUGCAUGUGACGAGUUAUAUUAAACUUGUGGACGAGCAAAAGAAGGAGAUCAAUCUGUUGAAGGAAAAAUUGUUGGCCCUGGAGAGCAAGAGUAUGGCAUCAAGCUCGUCACCAGAGCCCUCGGAACUCAGUGAAGAGGCCCAGAGGGAGAUAAAAGAGAUGAAUGACAGAUUGAAUGACCUUUACGAGCAGAAGAAAUCACUCAACGAGAAGGUUCUCUCCCUCCAGAGUGCUGAUAAAAUCCUCUGCUCCAGAAUUCAGUACAAAAUUGCUGCUGACAAACGUCUCCAGAAUCUCACAGCAGCUCUGGAUCUCGUUGCUGAGGAGCAGAAUGCCAGUGGUAAAUCCAGGGUCAACAAGUCCCUUCUGCACUUCAAGAGACAACGAGAGGUCGUUAAGAUCCAGAUGGAGCAGGUGUGGAGUGAGCUGCAGUCAGUGGAACGAGAGCUCGACGCUCUUAAUGACGAGAUCAGUAAGAAGGGGCUCACUGACAAAUUGAGGGAUAACUGUGCUGUCAGAAUGAUGGAGAUCAAGUCCUGCAGGAUUCAGCAGCAGUACGAGCACGCCAGGAAGAUCUGCAGUCUUCAGCAGUGCGAGAUGGAGUCGAGUGACACGAUAUUGAAGACAAUGAGUGGCAUUCUGCAGACAUACUAUGGAACAAUGUGUGGCUACAACAUCAUGACGGAUAAAAUGAAGACUGAGUACAAACAGCUUGUUAAGUCGUUGGAGGGAGUGAGGAAUAUCAAGUGGGCUGAUGCUGAUGAACACAGUCCUCACGAGGAUCUGUACAACCGUACUGGUCUGACACUGGAGGAGCUGAUGGACCCCUUGAACAAUGAAAUGCCAAUUCACAAUGCUCUGUACCUGGAGGACGAGCCACCAGCCCCUGCGAGUAAAUUGAACACCACUUUCGAUGGAUCUACGAGUAACAUGUGCUCACCCAUUGUUGAGAGUAAUCUUAAUUCCACGAUAACUGUAGAUUCUCCAGUGAGUGAUGAACCAGAAUGUGAGAGGGAUUUGGCAAAUGGAGAGGAGAUCAAAGCAAGUCAGUUAAAUAAUACAUUCAAUUUGAUGGAGAAUAAAGCGAAAAAACGCAUUCUAGCUGAUAAGAAUCAUACGACUAGUAGAACGCCGAAUAAAGUCAGGAAAGUAUCGCCGAAGAACAGGGUUGUUUCGGCACAACAGACCAAUCACAAUUUUACGGGAAAGGAGAAUAAGGGGAGUGGGAAACCUGUUAGUGUUAUGAGUGCUAAGAGCGUUGCUAUUUUGAAUAAGUUGAAGAGUGACAGGCCCAAACUGCUGACGCAAAUAUCUUCGGCACCUUACGAGGGGGGGAAUAAUGAGCACGGGGGACUGAAGGCCAUUAGGAACAGGGAGCGGAGGGGGCUGGUCAAUUCCCAUCCCUAUCAGAAGAAUCAUAUAAAACAGAAGUUACCAUCGGCAGCGCCGUCGUCCCGUGUACCCUGGUAGGGUUAAUAUUCCAGAAAAACGAGAAAAAUAUCCAAAUCCCUGUGUGUUUAAUACAGCACCAUUUACUCUGCACCUUGAGUGAUAAGAGGAAUUAUUUUAAUGUACACAGCCCUUGCGUAAUCUCGAAAGAACCCAUGGCAAUUCUUUCCUCAUUACAUGUCGUUUCAGAAGUGUCUGAGACUCUACUGCCAAUUUUGUUUCUCUCUAAUUAAUGUUAAUUUUAAUGACUGAAUAAAUGUAGAUUUUUUAAAAUUAUUAUCUAGACGCCAAUGCUCCUCUCACUGAGUUGUACUCGAAGUUUGUUUGACUUUUGACUUUUAUAUGAGAUUGCUGAUAGAUUCUGGGAGUGAUGAUAACGUAACACUUGAUGGUAUAAGUUUUAAAUUCAAUAUGAAUAAUUAUUUGAGAAGAGCCUUACAAUUUUCGUAAAUAAAACGUUUAUAUAUAUUAUUGUUAUCGAUUCUCACCGUGCGCUAAGGCGAGCAAUAUGACAAUACAUUUUCUAUAUAUAAUACUUGUAAUCGCACAAAUGUGUAAUGUUUG